AUGGUCUCGUUCACUCACGUCUUCACUACUGCCGUUCUGGCUGCCUCGGCCCUGGCCCUUCCUCACCAGCCGCACUCUAAGUUGCACCGGCGCUCGACUGCCAACAACACGAGCAAGCGUGGUGCUGCCUACAAUGACAACACUCUUGUGAGCCCCCUUGCGAGCACCGGUACUAUCUCCUGGGCCUAUAACUGGGGAUCAUCUUCCGGAGAUUCGCUUCCCUCCGGCGUCGAAUACUUCCCCAUGCUUUGGGGUACCAACUUCCUCAGCGACUGGACCUCGAAUGUCAAUUCUGCCCUUUCAGCCGGUAGCAGCUCUAUCCUCGGCUUCAACGAGCCUGACAACACUGCCCAAGCCAACCUGGGUACUCUCGAGGCGGCUUUGCUCUACAAGCAGUACAUCACCCCCUAUGGAAGCCAGGCCACCCUGAUCAGCCCUGCCGUCACCUCUUCCAACGAUGAUGGUGAAGGCCUGAGCUGGUUGAAGACCUUCCUGACUGAGUGCGUUGGCUGCAACAUCACCGGCAUGGCAGUCCACUGGUAUGGCGAUUCGGUCGACGAUUUCAAGUCCUUCAUCGAGGAGGCCGAAUCCACCGCCAGCGAGUUCAACCUUUCCGAACUUUGGGUUACGGAGUUUGCUCUGAACGCUGAUAUCGGCGGUAUCUCGGACUUUGCCACUACCUCUUCUUUCAUCUCCGAGGUUACCAGCUGGAUGGACUCGAACACCAAUGUGACUCGCUACUCCUACUUCUAUUGCGCUGACAACUACCUUCUUACCGAUGGAGCAUUGAACGAGGCUGGUCAAACUUACGCUUCGUAA